CACACUGUCACACCCGCAGAACGGUGGAGUUAAAGCCUGAACACAGUCUCGGCUCUUCAUCACAGUGCUGCUGCUGUUGCCGUGUGUGUAAGUGAGUGAGUGACAGAAGACGUGUGUCAGGGAGCGUGUGUGUGAGUGUGUGCAGCUCUCUGAUCUGGAUCCUCCAGCGGGGACUUUAGACAACUCCACAUCCACUGAGGCUUCUGCUCCAAAAAACCUUCAUCCAUCACUCAGAGCUCCGGAGGACCGACAGCACGAACACAGCUCAUGGCGUUGAUGGUGAACGUGUGCUGGAUGUUGGCACUGAGCGCCUGCUCGGUGCUGACGGUGAGAGCGGAGUGCACCAGGGAGUGUGCACUGUGUCUGUACGGCUCGUUAGCACCGCAGCAAGCGGACAGCAGCACCGGGCCCUGCACACUGGAGUGCGGGAGCAGCGUGGAUCUAAGAAAGCUGGGUCUCUGUCGGAAUGCUCUGAGUGAAGACGAGCGUGCUACAGAAGAUCAAAAACCAGAGCCUGACAGCACCGAGCACCUUCUGGCCAAGAAAUAUGGCGGCUUCAUGAAGCGCUACGGUGGCUUCAUGAUGAAGAAGAGCCCAGAAGAUGUCACCAAGGAUGAAGCUGACGGAGUUUCUGAGGAGGAGCUGGACAUCUUGAGGGAGAUCCUGAGGGUGGGCCUGAACGCCAAUGAGCAUGGCAAGGAGCUCCAGAAGCGUUACGGAGGCUUCAUGCGCAGGGUGGGUAGGCCGCAGUGGCUCGACGAAUCCAAACCAUACGGCCUUCGCAAGCGCUGGGAGGACGAGGGAGCGGAAAACGUGUUGCCUGAGACGCACAAGAGAUACGGAGGCUUCAUGGAUUAGGAGCUGAUGAGAAGAUUCAAAAUGGACACUAGUCGUCGCUAACAAUCCCAAAUGUGUGCCACAGCUUGCGACUUAACAUUAUUUUAUUAUUGAUGUAUUAACACGUGCCAAGUCGUUUUCUUUCUUUCUUUCUUUUCUUUUUUUUUUUUUUUUCUUUUUUUGCUUUAGCUAUAAAAAUGAGUCAUUACAAUUGAUUCUUUGAAAGACUCUUUUAAGUGAAUCAUAUUAGUGAAUCUAUUUGCAAGCAAAUCCAAAUUUUAUGUUUAUUGUUUUAAAAUUGUGUCUACGUCACCAAUUACAAUAAAAUAUACACCGAGAACAGCAAAGGUAUUUCAUAAUGGACUGCUGUCUUACUGAAAUAGUCAACAAAUAAGGAUCGAAGAGAUUAACUAAAUAAAGCAAACUAAAUAGCUUCUAUGUUUUAAAAAAGAUAUAUAGAUCUAUUUCAAUCCCAAAAAACUGUCAUUUAAAUAAACAAUAGUGAUAAUAUAACCCCAUGUUGUGGUUUGUUGAACGGUGAAACCGAAUGAAAAAGAAUCAAAAGAGUCAAAUCACUAAAGUGAUUCGUGAUGCCAAUGGCUUCUUUGCUAAUGCAGUCUGUUCAGUAGUUUAAGUGUGUGUUUUCAGUGGUUUAUGUGAAUGUCUACACCAUGCCUGUAUCUAUCUCCACAUCUCCAGCAUUUUUGUACAGAUAGAGAAACCCGUCGACAACAAAUCAUAUUUUCUCCAUGACGUAGUGCAGUGAUUUGUUACACAAAAUCCCCAAAAAAGUGAAUUCUUUUUAUUUUUCGAUGGACAUAUUUAAAGAUUUUGUCGCCGUGUUGUUGAUGACGAUGGUAUGUUGUGUAUCUGUCGUUUAUCUCAUGAUGUAUUUCAGUCAUUUCUGAUUAAUUGGCUGUACAGAGUACAAUAAACUCAUCUGACUGCAGGAAUCAAA